CACAUCACAACCACUUUCAUCCUUGUAACCAUCUUACAAGAGACUCAAAGGAAUACAACAGCAUUUCAUCUCUCACGAUUACUUCUAGAUUUACCCCAAUAUCUUCAACCAACCCCCAACAUCGCAACCAUGGGCUCCCACCAGAAGUCAUCUAGCUCCAAGGGCCACAGCAGCUCCUCUCAUGGCAAGUCCUCCAGCAGCAAGUCCAAGUCUGGCAGCAAGAGGGCCCCCAUCUACGUCAACGUUUGGUAUUGUGACGCUUGCCGCUACGGACCGUUGAACCCCUACACUGACGCACAUUGCGCCAACUGCGGACAUCAGCGCUGCUACGAUUGCACGACGACCGUUAUUGAGCAGAACCCUGGACAAUAAGUUUGUUUGUUCUCGACAAACCCGGAGUCUCGGGCUCAUUGGCGAGAUAUUCAGACUGGCUACUGUGUAGACCAACCUCUUGUGCAUAUCGUGACCGCCGCUCUUUCUGAGACAAUCAUCUAGAGACUCGUUCACGCGGAUUGUUGUCCGAGAUAGAGUGGCAUCUACACCACUAUCCCCGCUGAGUUAGAAGAUGAGAGUAAGAGGAAGAGGAGGAGGAUGAGGAUGAGGAUGAGGAUGAGGAGGAGGGGGAAGAAGGGAAGAUGCAGGCCGCUGGACGGGCCUUAGCAUGAAUCGCGAGUAUCAUUUAGACACCCAACCAUGAAGUUUCGAUUUCUCUCGUUUGUACAGUCAGGAACUGGACAGAAUAGGUUAGACAGAACUAUCCCUGGAUAUGACACCCGGUAGAAUUGAGAUCCAAGUCUCAUCAAUUGCC